AUGACGGAUCAUACUAAGCUUGCUACUGGCUUGCUGGUCUACGCGGGGUUGUCUGACUGGGUGGAUGGGUAUUUGGCGAGGCAUUAUAACCAGAAGUCUACGCUAGGCACUAUACUGGACCCUGCCGCGGACAAGGCCCUGGUCACGACCCUCACGGUCAGUCUCGGGAUGAGAGGCUUGCUACCACUGCCGCUAGCGGUCAUCAUCAUCGGACGUGAUGUGCUAUUAAGCUUGUCCGCGUUCUGGAUACGAUAUAAGACGCUGCCUGUGCCGAAGACGUUCCAGAGGUAUUGGGACUUUUCCAUUCCUUCGGCCGAGGUUCGGCCAACGUACAUCAGCAAGGUCAACACUGCUCUACAACUCCUCUUGAUGGGCUGGUCGACCGUCAGCCCAUUACUCCCAACAGGCGCUCUCAUCACCCUUGCCGGUCACGCAAUCGACUUCCCCAUACUUCUCACAGGUCUCCAAUAUACCGUCGCAACAACAACGAUCUGGAGCGGUCUUACCUACGUGUUCUCAAAGGAGGGCGGUUAUGUAGUGUCAGCCAAACCCCAAGACCCACCCAAGUCACCCUGA